AUGUUCUCCGAGCAGGCUGCCCAGAAGGCCCCCACCUUGCUGUCUCCACUAUCAUCCAACACCCCCACCUUUGCACGAGUUCCAGUGGUGGCCUACACUAACUCCUCACAGCCCUUCCGACUUGGGGAGCGCAGUUUUAACCGGCAGUAUGCACACAUUUAUGCCACCCGCCUCAUCCAGAUGAGACCCUUCCUGGUGAGCCGCGCUCAACAACACUGGGGCAUUGGAAUCCAAGUGAGGAAGUUGUGUGAGCUGCAGCCUGGCGAGGAGUGCUGUGUGGUGGGGACUCUCUUCAAAGCCAUGCAACUUCAGCCCUCCAUCCUGCGGGAAGUCAGUGAGGAGCACAACCUCCUCCCUCAGCCUCCACGGAGCAAAUACAUCCACCCAAAUGACGAGCUUAUCUUAGAAGAUGAACUGCAGCGAAUUAAACUGGAAGGUGCCAUAGACGUAGCAAAGCUGGUUACAGGCACUGUCCUGGCUGUGUUUGGUUCUGGGAAAGAUGAUGGGAAGUUUGUGGUGCAGGACCAUUGCUUCGCUGACCUUGCUCCUCAGAAGCCACUGGCCUCCCUACACACAGACAGGUUUGUGCUACUGGUGUCCGGUCUGGGUCUUGGUGGUGGAGGUGGUGAAAGCCUUUUGGGCACCCAGCUGCUGGUGGACAUGGUGACAGGACAGCUUGGGGAUGAAGGGGAGCAGUGCAGUGCUGCCCACAUUUCCCGAGUCAUCCUGGCUGGUAACCUUCUCAGCCAGAACACUCAGAGCAGAGAUUCCAUCAAUAAGGCAAAGUACCUCACAAAGAAAACCCAGGCAGCCAGUGUGGAGGCCAUCAAGAUGUUGGAUGAGAUUCUCCUGCAGCUGAGCGCCUCAGUGCCUGUGGAUGUGAUGCCUGGAGAAUUUGACCCCACCAACUACACGCUGCCUCAGCAGCCCCUGCAUCCCUGCAUGUUCCCUCUAGCCACUGCCUACUCCACACUCCAGCUUGUCACCAACCCCUACCAGGCCACCAUCGAUGGAGUCAGAUUCCUGGGGACUUCUGGACAGAACGUAAGUGACAUCUUCAGAUACAGCAGUAUGGAGGAUCACCUGGAAAUCCUGGAGUGGACCCUGAGGAUCCGUCAUGUCAGCCCCACAGCCCCCGACACACUAGGCUGCUACCCCUUUUACAAAACAGACCCCUUCAUCUUUCCUGAAUGUCCUCACAUCUACUUCUGUGGCAACACUUCCAGCUUCGGCUCAAGAGUCAUCCAAGGCCCUGAGAACCAGACCGUGCUCCUUGUAUCUGUCCCAGACUUCAGUGCCACACAGACUGCCUGCCUGGUGAACCUACGCAGCAUGGUCUGCCAGCCCAUUCACUUUUCAAGUUUUGGAGCAGAGGAUGAGGUCCUGGGAGGACUAGGCCUGGGUCCCUAA